AUGAGCGAUUCUGGCUCUACUUUGGUAGUGCUCGCCAUGGUACCUGAUGUAGACGGUCACUUCAUCACGGAAUAUGGUGAACAAUCUUCAGACAGCUUGAUCACCUUUGAGUCAUUCAAGCUGCCUGGAUCGAACCAGCGUCUACUUGGACCCCCUCACCCGAAACACACCGUGAUUCCGCUUGCGCUGCGUCCUUCGCCGAAGAUUUUGAGCGAAAUCACCCUUGACCGCGUCACAACAUCCAUCGAAUCUCUUCAGCAAGAUAGCAUUCUUACCAAGAAACUUGCGUGCCACGGAACACUUCUUUUUCGUGACUUGCCCAUUCACAACGCAGAUGACUUUAGCAAGUUCGCGCACGCAUUCGGAUACAGACCGCAUGAGAUUAUCAGUAUUGUAGUCGACAGACCCCUUCUUGCACCGAAUGUCGCUCCAGCCAAUGAAUCACCCAAGGAGGUGCUCAUAUACAGCCACAACGAGUCCCCGCAAGUACCCCACGCACCGGAGUACAUCUUCUACGCCCACCGGGCGCCAUCGCAGGGCGGCGAAUCGCCCAUCUCGUCUUCGCUGGAGCUCUUCAACCGUGCCCAGCGUGAAAUCCCAGAAUCGCGUAACUACAAAGUCAAGCAACAAUUCCAGGGCGGCUCAACUCUGCAGCAAGCCUUUGGCAAAGAGUUCCAGCCGGGCGAUGAUGAGGAGACCAAGUGUCGCAAGGUCGAAGCCCAGAUCGCGCGCUACGGCCGUGGGGAGCAUACGACUUGGGAGUGGUCAAUAGACGAUGAUGGAGAGACGCAGCUGAUUCUCUCGCACAGACUCCCUGCUAUCCGGACGCAGCCUGGAACCAAUCUCCCUACGCUCUUCACGGGCCUGGCGGCGUACUGGAAGAGCAUGCAGGUUCACUCGGGGGCGCGUCGAGCUGGCACGCAUCAGCUUUUUGGCGAUGGCACCCCAAUUCCGGAUGAGUAUCUGGCGCACCUGACGAAGAUCACGGACGAGAUCCGCGUGCUGCACCGCUGGGAGAAGGGCGAUGUGCUGGUCUUUGAUAAUAUUGUGGCGCAGCAUGGUCGGGAGCCGUGGCUUGGGGAGCAGUCGGACCGAGUGGUGAUGGCGAGCCUGUUCGAUGGACCGGCUGUGCCGGGGCCGUACGGAUUCGGAACCUGGGCUCAGCUGGUGCAGGCUACGAAUUAG